UUGCUGCAACCGAUGGACUUCCUCAAGACUCGGAUGCAGCAGCAGCGCUCCUCCCCUUCUGUCACGCCCAACUCUUCUGCUGUGAUAGGUGCGAAAAAACAGACAAGGACCGCACGCUUGGGACAGACGAUCAGGCAGGUCCUCCGGGACGACGGCUGGAUGGGGUUGUGGAGGGGUACCGUGCCGACAGUUGCGAGAAACGUGCCGGGAGUCGCCAUGUACUUUUACAGCGUCAGCGAGAUCCGCGCCCUCGUUUCUUCUUCGGCCGUCCCCGUCCUUUCGCUUCCUCCCCAGGAGCUCCCGGCCAGUGCACGAGGAUCCGUGGGAGGCCGUUCUGGAAGCACAACGACUCUGGCUCGGCUCACUGCGACGGGCAACCUGGUCUCUGGCGCCUUUGCUCGCGUAGUCGUAGGCUUCAUCCUCUGUCCCAUCACCGUCGUCAAGGCCCGCUUCGAGUCCUCGCACUUUGCAAAGAGCGCUUAUCCAUCGCUCUCAUCGGCCCUCGUCAACAUCUACAAGACUGAUGGUGUCCGAGGCCUCUUUCGUGGCUUCACUGCUACGGCAUUGAGAGACGCGCCGUACGCCGGCCUCUAUCUAGUCUUCUACGAAGGGAGCAAGCACCGCUUGGGGAACUGGGAAGCGAGAGGUCAGAAGGCCAGAGGCAGCGGCAACUCGCUCGUCGUGAGCGUCAGCGGUCUCUUUGCAGGGACAUUGGCUACUGUGCUCACGCAUCCAUUCGACAUCCUCAAGACGCGCGUGCAGACCUCGCCCUCGUCCGCGUCCCCAUCAGCCAGACACGAGAAGAGGACGCUGAUCGCGACGACGCGGCACCUCAUUGCCACGGACGGCUGGGGAGCCUUCUUGGACGGCCUGGGUCUCCGCUGCGCCAGAAAGGCCGCGUCCAGCGCGAUCGGCUGGACGAUCUUUGAGGCUGGCAGGGGCUUCUGGGUUUCGAGCAACACGCGGGCACAGGAGGCGAGAGUUGCAUCAGACACCAGCAGGGUUACUUGACUUGAGUUAAAAGGGUACAAGUCUGUCAUCGCACGUUAUCUACACAUGUCACCGCUUUUCACUCAUCACUGCUCAUGACCAAAACAAUGAAGAUGUAUUUGUACAACACCACUGGCUCUCUGCUCAUCCUGAAUUGCGGCACACUAGACCGAAAGGCUAGCGAAUACUGUU